AUGCUAAAUUACCAGGGGAUUGCAGAGGCAGAGUUAUCAGGUUUGAUAAGUUAUCGUUGUUCAGAGUUUGAACAAGCAAGGUUGGUGAAAGAUGUCUCCGAGACAGAGAUACACGCAAUUCUUUUCUCUAUGCCAAAGGAUAAAAGUCCAGGACCUGAUGGUUAUACUGUUGAAUUUCUUAAGGAGACAUGGGAGAUCAUAAAGAAUGAUUUUGUCACUUCGGUGCAGUCUUUUUUAAAAUUUGGUUUCCUACCAAAGGGAGUCAAUACCACCAUUCUAGCAUUGAUACCAAAGAAGAAAGAGGUUAAAGAGAUGAAGGAUUAUCGGCCAAUCUCCUGUGAUUUACAAGUGUUAUCCGCUAAUUUAGACAAAGCGGUUUCAGAGGGGAAGAUAGGCUAUCACCCGAAAUGUCAGAACAUCAGACUCACCCAUUUGUGUUUUGCUGAUGACUUAUUGGUCUUCACGGAUGGAACGAAAACAUCAAUCAAAGGUAUUCUUCAGGUAUUUACAGAGUUUGCAGCGGUUUCAGGUCUGAAUAUAAGUUUGGAAACCACUCUCUAUAUGGUCGGGGUUAAACCAUGCGAUCAAGAACUGAUCCUACACUCCUUUCCGUUUGCAUCGGGCACUCUACCUGUCUGCUACCUUGGUCUACCCCUCCUCACCAAGCGUAUGACAACUUCAGACUAUACACCACUCAUUGAUCGAAUAAGAGCAAAGUUUGGCAGUUGGACAGGGCGAUACCUCUCUUUCGCGGGUCGGCUCCAACUUAUUGGCUCAGUGAUAUAUAGCUUGACAAACUUCUGGAUGUCUGCUUUUCGAUUGCCAAGUGCGUGUAUAAAGGUGAUAGAUGGAGGUUUGGGUUUACGCUCAUUAAAGGAAGCUAACACGAUGAGUUGCUUAAAGUUGAUUUGGCGACUCUUAUCAUCAAACUCCCUCUGGGUUGUAUGGCUUCGGGCUUACCUGAUCCGACAAGGUUCUUUUUGGUCUCUUAAGGCAAACACUAACUCUGGUUCCUGGAUGUGGCGCAAGCUACUUAAAUAUCGCCCUUUAGCAGUCAGUUUGGUUCGGUAUGAGGUUAAGAAUGGAGAAACAGUCUCCUUUUGGCAUGAUAGUUGGUCACCACUGGGAUGCUUAAUUGACAUUACCAGGCCAAGGGGUACUAUUGAUAUGGGAAUCACUCUCCAUGCAACGGUAGCGGAAGCUCUCUCUCACCGCCAACGACAGCACAGAGUGGAACACCUGAAUGAGUUAGAGACAGCUCUGGCAAAUAUUCGUAGAAGAGGACUUGUCAAAGAAGCAGACGUUGUCCUCUGGAAUGGCAAAGGCGGUCAAGUCAAGACAAAGUUCACCACCAAAGAUACCUGGGAGAAUACUCGGCACCCGAGGUAG